AUGUACUGCCCCAAGUCAAACGACGACAUACAACAGAGAGACCUGGUGUAUUCAGAUGCGUCGGAGAAGGCAGUAGCAGCAGUGGCCUACUUGCUGUCAGUGGACAAGAACGGCGACAAGCAUCUAGGAUUUGUCCUCGGAAAGGCAAAGGAGCUUGAUCUUGACAUACACCAAGCACACUUCUUCACAGACAGCAAAGUGGUCCUUGGAUACAUCUACAAUGAAACACGUAGAUUUCACAUAUACGUUGGAAACCGGAUAGACCGCAUCAGGACAUCCACUAGACCAGAUCAAUGGCGUUAUGUUCCCUCAUCUCUGAACCCAGCUGACGAUGCAACACGGGGAGUGACUUCCGAAGAUUUACCGGAGAGCAAAUGGCUGAAGGGAACUCGCCAUGCACUGAAGGACAGCGACACUAGCAGGAACAUCUCUAAGUUCCUACUUGUGCUACACAACUGUCUGCAGUGCAGACGCUCUCGGACUAAGCUUGAAACUCCAAGAAUGGCUGACCUUCCGUCUGAUAGGCUGAACCCAACACCACCAUUUAACAACGUUGGCAUUGACGUCUUUGGACCAUGGCAGAUCAUGACCAGAAGAACUAGAGGAGGGCAGGCAAAUUCAAAACGCUGGGCCCUCAUGUUGACCUGCUUGGUUGUACGAGCUGUACACAUUGAGCUGCUGGAGGAGAUGACCUCAUCAUGCUUCAUCAAUGCUUUGAGACGAUUUUGUGCCCUGCGAGGCGAGGUGAAGAUGAUCCGGUCAGAUUGUGGCACAAACUUUGUUGGUUCAACCGCAGACUUGGAAGCAAACGUGAUAAACGUGGAAAACAAACCACUGAAGGACUAUCUAGUUGAUUCCGGAAUCAACUGGGUUUUUAACCCUACGCAUUCUUCUCAUUUUGGCGGCGUCUGGGAGAGGAUGAUUGGGGUUGCAAGGAAAAUCUUGGAUGCCAUGCUCUUGAAUGUGAAACAACUUACCCACGAGGUCCUUCACACUCUUAUGGCUGAAGUGAGUUCCAUCAUGAACGCCAGACCACUUACCCCAGUGUCGACGGAUCCAGAGGUUCCCUUUCCGCUUACGCCAGCGACCUUACUCACCAUGAAAACAAAUCAUGUUGUAGAAUCAUUCAAACUGGAAGACUUCAAUGGCAAGGAUCUUUACAAGACGGAAUGGAGACGUGUUCAGCAUCUUGCGGACACCUUCUGGUCCCGUUGGAAAAACGAAUAUUUGCCAACACUUUAAACCAGACGUAAGUGGCAAGACGAUGGAAAGAAUGUGACAAAUGGAGAUGUCGUUCUUCUUCGAGACAACUCCGUUCACAGAAAUGAAUGGCCAAUUGGUGUAAUCGUCAGCACCAAUGUUAGCGAGGACGGCAGAGUGCGCUCUGUUGAUGUAAGGCUUGGGAAAGACAGGAAAGUCUACACUCGGCCUGUCUCAGAGUUAGUCUUACUUUUGUCAAAGUAACUUCAUGCAUAUACAUUGUAUAUUGUCAUUAUAGAGUAGAACCUGUCAUUGCUGGACAUAUUUUAUGCAUCUGAACUGCAUUGGCUGAUUACAUGUUUUUCAGAUGCAUUUUGUCUGUACAAAUUGAUUAUAUCGAAGAACAAUACUCAUUGAAAAAUUUAAUUACUCUGUAAUACAUAUUUACUCUAGAAUGAAGCUGCAAAAGACAGGUUCUAUAGUUGAAAGGUUUUGCAGCAAUUUUGAGUCCCUAAAAUUGCUGGUUGUUUUACUGAUGCAUAAUGUUUAAUGCAUAAUAUUUUGAAAAUUAGUAAAUAUUUUAAGUGUAUUUUGUUAAGAUUGAAGAUGGACAAGUCAUGUGGCCUUAGACAAUUAUGUUAAUAAUGUUAAUACAAUAAUGUUAAUGUUUUAGUAAAAUUUAGUAAUUUCAGACGGGGAGUGUUCCGUUUUCACGGUUUCUAUUUAUAGCUCACUGUUUAUUCAUGAGUUGUCCAACUUCGCACUUCCGUCUAAACCGGAAGUUAGUGUAUGGAAACGAGGCUGGGGGAAGUAUGCUCGUUUUGGCGCUUAACCUUUUACGUAAACAACAGCAUAACUCUGGUCCCAUCGAAAAUCACGAUAGAGAACCAGUUGAUUGGCCAUAUGGGACUUCUGACCUACAUGGGAUCAGUUUUGGAUUUUUUGAUUGUCAACCCAAAGAGCCUUACAAACAAAUCAUCAGUACUCAAAAGAAUCAACCAGUGAAGGAAAAAAACAUUCAUAACCAUAAAUUGCCAAACCCAUCAGUUGGAAGAUGGAUGUCAAAGUCUCGGACAAAAGCUUCCACAGUUAAGAAAAGACCACUUCAACAAAAACAAGCACGAGAAGAAUGACUGCAAAAAAUCUAUUCACAGAUGCGUUUUAUCAUCAAGUGUAUUUAAGGGAAACGGACCUGUCUACAGAGACUAGAUGUAAAUGUCAAGGACUGAAAUUGGCAAUUCAAUAGCUUCUUUCUCAUUUUGUUAUGUGUGGAAAAAAAAACAUAAGUAAAGAUUGCUUCUGUAAGAAACUUGAAAAUAUGCAAAAAACACUCCGCCAGAAAAAGAAGCAAUAAUUAAAUUUGUCAUUGCUGAUUUUAAUUAAAAGAGCAAUAGAGUCACAUUCACAUAUUUUAUUGUUUAUUCAUUUAGCAUUCCCUCAUAAUGAUGAAUAAUGAUAAAGUUAGACCUGAAGACUCUUACAUACG